CCAACACUGGCUAAGAUCAAUCUACAUAUUUGCACUUUGGACUUUCACUUUGUGGGGUCUUUGAAAUCAUAUUUUCAACGGCGUCAGAAGAGAUUUACUCUACGCGAAGAACGGUGUAAACUUUGGACUGCAAAAUGAUCAAUUCGGGCAAAUUAGCUGGACGCACUCUGUUCAUAACAGGAGCCUCGCGGGGUAUCGGAAAGGCUAUAGCUUUAAAGGCCGCCCGAGAUGGAGCUAAUAUUGUCAUCGCAGCAAAGACUGCCGAGCCACAUCCCAAGUUGCCGGGAACAAUAUAUUCGGCCGCCGAAGAGAUAGAAAAAGCCGGCGGACGGGCCCAUCCCUGUGUGGUGGAUGUGCGAGAUGAGAAUCAGAUCCGUAAGGCUGUCCAGGAGGCUGUCGCCAAAUUUGGUGGCAUUGAUAUCGUAGUGAACAAUGCCAGCGCCAUCUCCCUUACACCAACAUUACAGACAGACAUGAAGCGUUACGAUCUAAUGCACCAGAUAAACACUCGUGGCACAUUUCUGGUGUCCAAGGAGUGCUUGCCAUACCUGCAAAAGAGUAACCAUGCCCACAUUCUGAACCUCUCUCCGCCACUGAGCAUGCUGUCAAAAUGGUUUUCGCCCCAUGUAGCCUACUCAAUGGCCAAAUAUGGAAUGUCCAUGUGUGUCCUGGGAAUGGCUGAGGAAUUCCGUGAUCAGGGCAUUGCUGUAAAUGCCCUCUGGCCUCGUACUGCCAUAUAUACGGCUGCCAUCGAAAUGCUUACCGGCAAGGAUUCGGCCAACUGGUCUCGUAAACCUGAAAUCAUGGCCGAUGCCGCUUAUGCAAUUCUCUGCAAGGAGCCCAAACAAUUCACCGGACAGUUCUGCAUCGAUGACGAUGUGCUCGAGUCGGUGGGCAUCACCGAUCUUACUGACUAUGCAUGCGUGCGCGAAAAUGCCGAUCAACUGAUGGUCGAUUUCUUUGUGGAGCCCAAGGGUCAACCAGUGCCCUUUACUACCUCUACCAGUGCAUCUUCUUCACCCAGUGGUUCUAUUCCAGAAUUGUUCAAGAAAAUCGAAUCUCUGCUUUCCCCUGAAAUUGUCUCAAAGACGCAGGCCGUCUUUCAGUUCAACAUUAGUGGCGAUGAGGAGGGAACAUGGUUCCUCGACUUGAAGAACGGUACCGGCUCAUGUGGUUCGGGUACUCCUUCCGCUGCGCCAGAUGCCACACUUGUUAUGAACUCCAAAAACUUCUUUGAUAUGUUCGCGGGCAAACUUAAGCCGGCUCCAGCCUAUAUGUCGGGAAAACUCAAGAUUAGCGGCGACUUCCAAAAAGCCCUAAAGCUUGAGAAACUAAUGAAGGCCCUUAAAUCUAAGUUGUAGUUAAAUUUGUUUAAUUUUUUGUAUUUACAUUAAUUUUUUAAAAAUACUUUUGUCAUAUUCCGAAUAAAGUCUGACACAUUGGUUAAAUUUUA